GUAUACCUCCUCAAAUUCUCUCUUUUCCUCUUCUUAAGCUUUCUUCCUUUUUAUUUCCGUGUCUCGAAAACAUCAAUAGGUUUCACUAGUCGCAAGGAGGGGUCUACGUAAGAUUCGAUUGUGAUAACAGGGAAACUGAUAAACCGACAUAUAAAGUGUAGUACAUCGUGAUUAAACUCCCAUUCUGUCCACAAUGUCUUAGAAAGAGGUACGAAGAACAAGAGCGUAAAACCGUCGUUCUUCCUGGUGGCAUCGUCGUGUUUCAUCGUUAUCUCUUCCGUAAAAGAAGAAAUAAGAAAGAUGAACAAAUCGCGCAUUAAGUGGUGGCCGCAAUAUUUAGCAGCGAUUACAGCCACCUUAUCUAUGGCAACUUCCGGUUCUCAUAUAGGCUGGACAUCACCGAUUCUACCAAAAUUAAAGUCUUCAGAGUCCUAUAUGCCAAUAACGUCGGACGAUGCCUCGUGGAUCGCUUCGUUCGUUCUUCUCGGCUCGAUACCUGGCAAUAUUAUCGCAGCUUUCAUCGUUGAUCGACUGGGUCGUAAAAUGUGCCUCCUGCUUGCAGGAAUACCACUGACUAUUAGUUGGAUUUUAAUCAUCGUAGCCUGGUGCCCUUACGUCCUCUACAUUUCAAGAUUCAUCGGCGGCAUAGGGCUCGGCGUGGCUUACGUCGUUUGUCCUAUGUACAUCGGUGAAAUCGCUGAUAAGGAGAUCAGAGGAUCUCUGGGGUCUUUCAUAAAGUUAAUGGUAACUUUUGGUGAAUUAUACGCUCACGCGAUUGGCCCAUUCGUGUCGUACGAGUGUCUAGCUUACAGCUGCGCUGUAAUCCCCAUAAUCUUUUUCCUCACGUUUAGUUGGAUGCCAGAAUCUCCUUACUAUUUGUUGAUGAGAAAUCGCGAAGAUAAAGCGAUGAAUAAUUUAAAGUGUCUUAAGAGAUACGCGACGGAGGAUCAGUUAGAAGAAGAUAUAGAACAAAUGCAAAAGACCGUAUUGCGAGACCUCAGCGAUAAAGGAAACAUUUGGGAUCUGUUCAACACCCCAGGUAAUAGAAGAGCUGUUGUAAUCAGUUUCGGCCUCCAGCUAGUUCUGCAAUUCAGUGGUCUAGCCGCUAUAGAAUCGUAUACUCAAGAAAUUCUCGAGGAGGCUGAUACAGAUUUAUCCGCUGGGAUAGCAGUGAUCGUUCUAAGUGUUCUUCAGUUGAUAGCCGGUAUCGGUGCGGCAGCUUUAGUAGACAGAUUAGGUAGAAGGCCAUUGCUUCUUGUCACUACUUUGCUCGGUGGAUUGUCCUUAACAGUUACCGGAACAUUUUAUCUGCUAAAACACUACAUGUUAAUGAAUAUGACCGGUUUUGGUUGGGUUCUUCAUGCCUCUGUUAUAUUUUACGAGCUCAUUAUCGCAUUAGGUUUGAAUCCAUUGUCCUACAUGAUGCUCGGAGAACUUUUUCCAACUAACGUAAAGGGAGCUGCCGUAUCUAUAGCAAAUAUGUGGGCAUCUUUAUUGGCGUUCUUUGUUUCAAAAAUGUACCAAGUCAUUUCCGAUUCUUGCGGUGUUUACACCUCUUUCGGUUGGUUCGCGGUUAGCUGUUUUCUUGGUAUCGUUUUUAUACUGUUUAUGGUCCCAGAAACUAAAGGAAAAUCGUUGUUAGAGAUACAGGAGGAAUUAAAUUGUAAAAAGAAAAAGCAACAGAAGUACAGAAAAAAUAAUCGAAAAAUCCACGUUAACACACUGGCUUAAAUUAGGUGAAUGAUGAAACGAUGGUUUCGAUUCCUAUUGAUAAGUUAACCAGGUAAACUUGACAUGAUUAAUAGGAUCAAUUGGCGUUCGAUUUGUCAUAAUAUAAUCCUUUAAAAGUUAACGAAAGGGCGAGAUUGAUGCCGAGGAAAAUGAAGAGUGAAAACAAUAUCAACUUUACGAAAUUGAAAUAUCAUUGAAUUUUCGGAACGUAUCGAAAAAUAUUCAAAACGGACAAAGAGCCAUCGUUUCAGUGAAAAUAUCGAAAAUCUCUGAACAGCUUUUUUUUUAAGUACGUCUUUCUCGUAAUUUUUUGAAAUCUAUAUGACACAUACAUGUAUUAAGUAUAUUUGGUGUUAGACUGAAAUUAAUUUCUUUUUAAGCUCGAGAAAUGUCAAGGCCGUUCGUCAAAUUUCGAUCCAAGAGGUAAUUUAACUUAUUGUUUCUAAUACCAAGAAGUGAAAUUUUCCGAAAAACGACAUAUUCUUUGUAUUCUUUAAAUAAUAGUGUAGGGUGUAAGAUUUUAUCUUUUUAAGCGAGGGCCCUUAUAUUCCACAUGAAGGAACUUUUUGCUUCGGUCAAGAUAACAAGAUUGUUAAAAAGGUUUUCGAUUAAAAUUUCAUCGUUGAUCAGCGAAGACAGUGCACGUUCUUGGUGAACUCAUUUAAAAAAUCAUCUACGCUAGUAGAAAGAAACAUAGGUACUACAUAUAUCUCUUAUUGUUAGUCAAACAUUUACACAGAAAUCGUACAUCAUUCCGAAAAUAAGUAAUGAAAAAGAGAUAGCGUGAUUUAAAACUGAUUUAUGCGAAUAUUUGUCGACUGUUUUUUAUUUGUUCGACCAAUUAUACUUAUUUAUCCACUUAUGUGAAUAUUAAUCGAUUAUCUAGAUUAUUCGCAUGAAACGUACGAUGAAUUCUUAAUCAGUACUAAUAAUAACCGAAGCAAUUUUAAUGGAGGACAAAUGCGAAUUUUUGUUACACAUCAUUUCUGGAAAUUAGUUGGUAAAAAUUUCCAGAAAUAAUGUUGUAUUAUGAGUGCGCGUUACUUAGGGCCCCAAUUGUGAAAAGAGCACACUCGCAUGACCAUCUUCUUUCCCUUUUAGGCAGGGUUAAACGUUGAGACUGAUAGAUUUUAAUUAAUCGUGAAGCGCAUAUUUAUUUAUUGCCAAACGACGUCACAUUAUGGUAAAAUACUGAACUGAUUUAUUACGAUGGCAGGUUUAGAAAUAACGAAAUUAUCAAAUUCUUAUGAAAUUAUUCAAUCCGUGGAUUAUCAAAAUAUAUAGAAGCGAAAUGCCAAGUAGCUUGCUUUUAAUCGAACUAUUAGUUUAAUCGAUACGACUAUAACGCAACUUUAAUAAAAAUAUGACUUUAAUUUAACCGAUUUUUAUAUCUAUACGAAAAUCAAAUCUUUUUAAGUGCCAGAGUAGUCUACGGAUUAAAUACAAAGAUUCUGAAAUGUUCCUUGUGAUUAGUUUGGUGAUUAGAACCAUCUUUUAUCCCUUUCAGGCAGGGUGCAAGAAUGAUAAUACGAUUAAAUAUAUUAUGAAAGCGCGUCGCGAAUAUUAUCGCGAGUAUUAAGAAUUUCGCGCACCAAUGGCCCUGAUGCAAGAUGGAUUUAGGUGAGCACCGUAGCAUGACUAACUUUAUUUAUCCCUUUUAGGCAGGGUGAAACAUAUUACUAUAAGAAUAGCUUCGGCGCAGAAUAUAAUCGGCCCGAUUAUAAUUAAAUAUUUCUUAUCAUUAACGUCGCUAAUAGCAGACAACAAACAUUGCAUAUGAAACGCGUGGUUUUAUCAUAAAGUAACCGUAUGAUCGAAUCGAUAUUAACAUCUAUUACAUCGAUUCUUUAUCCGCUUGUCGAUAGCAUAUGUAAUGAAUUUAUAUAAUAUCAUGAAGCACAAUUGUACUUAUUGUAAAAUGGUUUUACUCUUAUUCUAAAAUGUUAUGUUCACGCAAUUGCACGACUCUCUACAAGUCCCUUUAAGGCAGGGUGCAAGACUUAAACUUAAAAUGUAUUUCUUACAGAUUUCUACAAUGUAGAAGUUUGCAAUUUACGUUGACAAUAAAUGUUAUUGAUUGAAAGAAAA